CAGUUGUCUUUUUUUUCUUUAGUGAAAGUGAUUAGUAAUUAAACAUUUAUCUGCAAGAAAUGAAGUCUGUUUCGAUUAUCCUCACCUUUAUUUUCGCGGGAUGUCAAUCAUUUGUUACAUUAAGCUUGAACCAAAUAAAAAAAAACGAUGUGGAUAACUUUUUGUCUGACACCACGCAGUCCUAUUUACUUACGAAUUUGCCAGACAUCAAAGAGAGACUUGAGGAACAAAAGAGCUGGAAGUAUCCUAAAAAAUCAAAGAAAAUGCUCAAUCCUGAAGUUCAAAAAAUGGAUAGAAUUUUUUCAGAGUUUAGUGUGCCCAAAUAUAAACAAGGUGAAUGGCUCAAUCAACUGAGAUUUUUUCUAAUAGAGCCUUUGGACGAAGAAGCAAGGCUAACAGAUUUCAAUAAAAAAAGUCUUCAGAUUGUAAAUGAGACAUUGUGGAGGUCAUCAGCAUUACGAGACAAACUUGCCUUAAAAAAAGAUGCAAAUAUCGUUGGCAGCUUACUGGCUUCUUCACCGAAGCUAAAUGCAAUUUAUCAAGAUAACUUUAUCGGUUCUUUAACUUCGACUUCCAAGUAUGAAAGAGACGUUUCUGAUGAUGAAAUGAAUUCCGUCAGAGAUAAUGUUGAAAACCUUGCUCGUUUUCGAUAUUUUUUUGAAGAAUUAUGCAGGAUGCAUCACUUAAUGCUUUCAAAACUCAGCAUUGAACACGAUCAUGAUCCCUCGUCGGAUUAAAACGAGUUCAAGAAAAUUUCGAUCUUUCAAUCAUUGUGAACAAAAAAUUAAAUAGCAAACAGAAAAAAUAUACUUCUCUGUAUUAAUAGGGAGAGCAUGAUUCGGAACACCAGACACUAAUAUAAAAAAAUAAUGGAACAUUAUAAUUGCGCAUUUCUUUUAGCUCUUAUAUUUAUAUAUUAGUAUUAAUUUUACAUAAUUUAAACUACUAAUUAUUAUGAAUUGGAAAUUACUACGCGAAGUAUCUACACGGAGAAAAAUGGAUGUUCAAAUGUAGAUGCUCAAAGGGUAAGACAUUUAACAUCUUUUUAAGAUGUUGGGCGUA